AUGACAAACAGCCAAUCACAGCAAAGUUUGUCUCAGAAGCCUGGAAAAGGCGUUUCUAACUUGGGCUCCGAUUACUACCAUUUGUUUGAGGGCGUUGAUGAUGAUUGUGUCAGCAUGGAUAACUACCAGACAAACAGGUCGAGUCUGUUGACAGCUUGCGUGCCGACAGUAACUGCAUUCACGAAGAGCAGUUUCGUAAUUAUACAGGUCACCAGGUUUCAGCAAGUUAUCGCCGUCUACACGCUGCAAGCCCCAUCAGAAACUGCCAAAAUAACCUGGACAUCAAAGAUAACAGCUUCCCAGCAGCGUUACAAUGCGAAUCGACGAAACAAAUCUUCAUCUCUCUCCUCUCUCGUUCUCUCACCAUCCCGCCAGAACACCGACGAUGAAACCAGCUACAAAGAUUCAGUGAGCAGUGCUAAAGAAACGAUGAACGUGAAGGAAUUCAACUUGCCGCCGACCAUUUCCAUAUGUCCUUCAACGAGUGGUGAAGUUUUGAACAAGUACAGCCCAAAUAUUAACGCGCUCUCUGAACUAGCAAUAAAUGAGCUUAGGAGUGAAGAUGAAGAAAUUGAUGAAGAGGAAGAAAGGGAAGGCGCAGGAAACGGCCAGGAUAAGACGGAAAGCUCGUCGAGGAUAUUGAAGUCACGCACGAAACAGCGAGGUAGUGAAGUUCGACUUUUAGAGAAUGAUGACGUCUUCGAAGGUAUCGACGAGAUAAGCUUACGUAAAAGAACGAUGAGGAUGAAAUCCAGAAGCUGCAAAAUAAAGUCGAAUAAUGAUAGCUUCGGAUCGAUGGAAUCAAGCAAUUCAAAAAAUAAUUUAUGUAGCAACACUUUGAAAGGAUGUGGCGUUUUUGGGGCUAAAAAACAAUACCACCAAUCAAGUAUUUUAUCGAGUAAAUACGGUUUGCCGUAUUACGCAGGUUUUUCUAACAAUUCACUUGAGACUUUGGAUUCAUUUUCUGUAACGAGAUUCGACAUUCAUGAGAGAAGACCAGCUCUACACGUAGAAUCGGUUGAUUUGCCACCUUCUCUAGAUGCCCUGAUAUCGGCAAAUAUGCCUGCAUACACCACAAAUGCGCAGGUUUUGCGAGAAACUCGAAAACGAGGAGCUCAGGAUAAAAUUUCCAAAAUAAAAAGCAAUGAAGCCAUAGAUGGAGCCAGGAGAAGGUUUGAAAUUAUUGAAAAUGAACCGAGUAAAACAAAUGAUACAAUACCCAAAAGCAAACCAACAUCUACCUCAUCAGAUCAAACUCCAACGAUUCAAACUACAAUGUAUGACACCGAGCCACAACCAGAUGAACUUCAGAGUAAGACUCAAUCAAAACAGCCAGUCAGAGCAACGUGUAGUGUUCCAUUAUCAGCCACAAACUUUCAAAGUUUGCCAAGACCUAGACCUGUAAAACCAAGCCCUCUCCUAACGACCAAUAAUCCAUCUUCACUGAACGUCAACAAAGAGGCACAAUCAUACGCUCUAUCCCCUCCAUCACAGCAUCCAAAAUUAACUCCAGCUGUUUCGUUAGGAUUUAACGAUGUUCCAAUUGGAAAUUUGAUACCUAUUGAACCGCUGUUAUCACUAGAAUCUCUUGUCAGGCCAGUUGCGAAUUUUGCGGUAAAUCGAUCAGCAAAUUCAUCUGCAAAUGUACUGCCUAGCCAUGCGUCAAGAAAAACAUCUGAUCAGACUAGCUCAAAAAGUAAUAAUUCGAACUUAUUAGUUCAACUCGGACAUUCUUCUGUGGCCAAAGCAUCUUCCAGUAUGGGACUAACAAACCAGCAGGCAUCAGCGGAAUGCCUGUUUUCCUCAAAACAAAGCCAUAAUUUUGAAAGUAAAUGUGGUUUAGAUCAGAACAAGCAGCAAUCGUUAAGUCCGAUGUACGAUUCGAACAUCCAAAAAACAGCUUCAAGCUCAAUUCUCAUGGAAGGAACGAAUUUAAUUGAAUACGAUCCUUUGCAUUGUUCCUACUCAAACGAACUAGAUUUUCAAUUGAACAAAGCUGUAUCCAGUAGUAAUUUGGGCUCUUUUUCAAGGAAGAAAACUGAUUGUGAAACACAAUGUCCACAGACGUCUCGUUACAAAAGCGCCGUUGCUUUAACGCACCCAAGUGAAAACUUGAAUUUAUUUUCAACCCAGGAUUUAAAUUUGUUUGUUCAGAAUUCAGCUGAAUUACACGUGAAAUUUGAUGCACUUGAACAACCAGAACCCAAAAGUGUUCGCUCGAAAAGUCUUAGGUCAAGACCAAUGGAUCCCAUUUCUGAGAAAAACCCUUUCGCUCAUUGA